AUGCAGGCGGGCCCGGCCCAGGGCUGGGAAGAAUGGGUCCUGGAGGCAGAGGGUCCUCCUGCAGCGGAUGGGCCUUACCCGCAGCCCGCCUUCGUCGAGGACCUGGCCCGCUGGAUACGCGACAGCGUGCGUGUGCAGGCGUUCGGGUGGAUUGUGGCCACCUGCGGCAUCUUCGGGCCGCAGGGCUCCUGGCUGACGUGGGGCGGCCUGGGCGGCCACGCCCUGCCGUGGGAGGCGCAGAGACUGGCGGGCUGGGCCUCCGCGUCGCUGCUGAUGCUCGGCUGGGCCACGGGGUUCCUGAACUUCGUCAUGACCUCCGAGCGGCGGUGCAUGCUGUACGAUCCGUGUGGGGCCUGGGAACCUGCCGUGGCGAAGUGUCUCUUCCUCCUCCCCCUUUCCUGGCAUGGCCUCACUCGCGUCGUGCCGAAGUAG